AUGUUCGCGCCAAACAAAAAUUCACUGCCCGCCGCGAUUCCGUUGGCUUACUACGAUACUAGCGAGGUGACUGAUAAACCACUAAAGGAAAAUUAUCCGUCGCUAGAAAGUAUUCACGAUAAUAUUCCCUCACAGCAGGUCACAGUUUCACUAUCUCCGAUACCUUCCAUAUCAAAAGGUGAGCAAAAUGUCACAGUUAGUAGCAGUAAUGAAAAUGAAGUUAAGCAGAUAACAAGUGAUAAUCUUACAUCACAGGGUAACACAACUCCUCCAUUAUUAGCUACUACAUCCUCUGGAGCUUCUCUAUGUGAAAUCAGACCUUAUCCAAAAGCACCAGUAGUGCAGGAAGUCAAGAAAGGUAGAAAGAAAUCUAAGUCAUCAGUUUAUACUGACACACCAGAGUAUGAAAAUAGACAACGAAUAGAAGAAGAACGCAAAAGGAAACGGUCACUAAAAGAAAACAAAUCCUCAUUAAAGUCGGCAAAAAGAAGUUUAGUGAAAACUAAUAAAAAGCGCAAUGAUUCAAGCUCUAGUGAGUCUAGUGUUUGUAUGUCAUCUGGAGACUCAUCAGGCGAAGAAGAUUUUUGGGAGAAUUUAAUUGCUCGUAACAAAGAAGACAAG